GAGCAUGCGCAGUGGGUCUCGGCGGGUAGAGGGGUUUCAGCGCUCUUUUGUUUGGCGGAGGCGGAUCGAACGCGGGAGGCCCUUUGCCCAACCGUUGCUCUCUUGCUUCAAAACGAGAUCUGCUCUUCCCGACUGUAGCCGCGGCUCCUCUGCCUCUUUGUGCUUCUUUUUAUCUUUACAUUUCCACUCGUGGGUUCUUGGUGGGGCUGAGCAAGGUAUGCAGAUCCAAAGAGUUAAACAGACACUGUCAGAGAUGCUGAUAAGAGCAGUAUCUGCAACCCUGCUAAGUUCUUUCAGGAGCCCUUCAGUGAACACUCAAUCAUUUUGCUGCUCCUGAUACCUCCUUUAAACUGCAAAACUGGCGAGCACAAUGGGAAAAAAGCAAAACAAGAAGAAAGUGGAGGAGGUCUUAGAAGAGGAAGAGGAAGAAUACGUGGUGGAGAAAGUUCUUGACAGGCGGGUAGUGAAAGGCAAAGUGGAGUACCUGCUCAAGUGGAAAGGCUUUUCAGAUGAAGAUAAUACAUGGGAGCCAGAGGAGAAUCUCGAUUGCCCUGACCUAAUUGCAGAGUUCCUGCAAUCCCAGAAAACAGCACAUGAAAGUGACAAGUCAGAGGGAAGCAAACGCAAGGCUGAGUCAGACUCUGAGGAUAGGGGGGAAGAAAGCAGACCAAAGAAAAAAAGAGAAGAGGCUGAAAAGCCUCGAGGCUUUGCAAGAGGGUUUGAGCCAGAACGGAUUAUUGGUGCCACAGAUUCCAGUGGGGAGCUCAUGUUCCUAAUGAAAUGGAAAAACUCAGAUGAAGCUGAUCUGGUUCCUGCCAAGGAAGCUAACAUCAAGUGUCCACAGGUGGUCAUCUCGUUUUAUGAGGAAAGGCUCACAUGGCACUCCUAUCCCUCGGAGGACGAUGAUAAGAAGGAUGACAAGAAUUAAUCUGCUUGCCUUUCUGUCCCCAUCCCUCCUUUGGCUGACUUUUGUAUUACAACAUCAGACUGUGGGUUUGAACAUGAGGGAGAAGUGAAGAGGCUCUUGGCUGAGGAAGAUGCCCUCUGUAGAAACAGGACAAUAUCUCUACC